AUGGCUAAAAAGAAGGCACCUUCAAUUCACUCCCGCGCCGCUCGUCGCGCAACAGACAUUGACAUCAACACCGACAAAUCCCUAAAAGAAGUCCAACCUCCUCCUCGCGAUGCCCCCCAUCGUCCUUCUGUUUUAGCAGCGCAGCACUCAGCCGGCAUUUCAAAAAAGGCCAAGCGCGGUCGCAAGGAUAAAAUGUCUGCCAAGGCGAGACAGAGACAUGAAAAGGGUCUUGAGAUGGCUGCUGCUGUUGCGGAGCGCACGCAGAAUAAAAUUGAAAAGAGUAAAGGUCGGGGAAGAACUGUUCAGUUUCGUGCUAAGAACUGGGAGGAGAUUAACAAGGCUGCUGAAGAGGCUGAGAGGGCUGCUGAGGAAGCCGAAAAGGCUGCUGAGGAAGCCGAGGAGUCUGGUGAUGAGGAGCAACCUAAGAAGAGUGGAAUCGAGUUGGAUGAGAAGAUGGAUGGCGCGCCUGUGACGGAGGACAGUGCUCCUGCUCCUGUUCAAGCAGAUGAGGAUGGUGAUGAGAUCUUGUAA